GUCCCCGCUACCAGCCUACUGCCACCGCUCCGCUUUCCCCUCCUCUCGCUCAGCUCCGUUCUUGGAUCACCUCGGAUCGCAAGCGAGGAGGAGGAGGAGACCGAGGCCACGAUGAUGCAGCAGAUGCAGCAGGAGCCGUGGAACGCCGCCGCCGCGGGGCUCCUCCGGCCGACCAAGUCGGCGCCGUGCUCGCCCAUCAAGCCGGCGGCGGCGGCCAUGGCCCGGACCCACUCCGACUCCUUCCACGUCGCGCACAAGGUGCCCGUCGGCGACACGCCCUACGUGCGCGCCAAGCGCGUCCAGCUAGUGGACAAGGACCCGGAGAAGGCUAUCGCGCUGUUCUGGUCGGCGAUCAACGCCGGCGACCGCGUGGACAGCGCGCUCAAGGACAUGGCCAUCGUGAUGAAGCAGCAGAACCGCGCCGAGGAGGCCAUCGAGGCCAUCAAGUCGCUCCGCAGCCGGUGCUCCGACCAGGCGCAGGAGUCGCUUGACAACAUCCUCCUCGACCUCUACAAGAGAUGCGGGCGGCUGGACGACCAGAUCUCGCUGCUCAAGCACAAGCUGCAGCUGAUUCAUCAGGGCCACGCAUUCAACGGCAAGCGCACCAAGACAUCGCGGUCGCAGGGACGCAAGUUCCAGGUCACCCUCGAGCAAGAAGCCACCAGGCUCCUUGGUAACCUAGGAUGGGCGCUGAUGCAGAAGGAGAACUACACGGAGGCGGAGGGGGCGUACCGGCGGGCGCUGCUCAUCGGGCCGGACAACAACAAGAUGUGCAACCUGGGCAUCUGCCUCAUGAAGCAGGGCCGCAUGCUCGAGGCCAAGGACGUGCUCAAGCAGGUGCGCCCCGCCGCGGUCGACGGCCUGCGCGGCGCCGACUCGCACCUCAAGGCCUACGAGCGCGCGCAGGAAAUGCUGCGGGACCUCGAGGCCAAGCUCGUCGGCCGCCCGCGCGCCGACCAGCUCGACACGAGCUGGCUCUUCGACGCGCUGCUGCUGGGAUCUUCAUCAAGUAUCUGGCAGCCGCAGCCGUGCAUCGACCACUUGCUGCCACCUCCGGCUCCAGCUCCCGUCUCGGCGCCGGCGAGGCGCGACCACUUCGCCGAUGAAAACGCCGUCAUGAGCAAGAAACUGGCGGCGCUCCAGGCGAACAUGCUCAAUGUGGACGCGCAGCCCUUCUACUCCCUGCGGAUGCCGUCACUUGCAGCGAAGCCACAGAACACACUGCUUCAGCAGCAGCAGUCGCAGCAGAAGACACAGAACACACUGCUUCAGCAGCAGCAGCCGCAGCAGAAGCCAGCUCCGGUCCAUGAUCCCUUGGGCAACCUGAAGAGGACACGGUCCGGAAAUUGCAUGGACAAGGCAGGAGCAGUGGCGGACAAGGAGCACAGCACCGACGAGAACCGCGGCCGGAGGAAGUCGCUCUCGGCUGAGGACAGAUGGCCGGAGCUGCCUGACCACAGCGCGUUCGACGAGGCACUCGUCGCGGCUGUCCUGGCCCCGGUGCUCGACGACGAGCCAGCAGCCACCGAAGGGAGGAAUGGCCACGGCAAGCUGCCGGCAAGCUGCGACACGAGCCCAGUGGUGAAGGAGAAGAUCGGCAAGAGGCUGAGGAUCUUCCAGGACAUCACACAGACAGUGAACAACUUCUGAUUCGUUUCGGUUUUCUUCACUUUCCUACUCACAACAGGCAGGCUCGAGGUGGUGAACGCCGCGGAGGAGAUAGGCUUGUUCUCCUGGGAAGCUCCUGUCUGGCAACUAAGUUAAUCAGGACUUCGAUUCGAUUCGAGUUAAUUUGAUUUCCAAUUCGAUUUUAACACACCAAAAUAACAGAUGAUUCUUUUGUUCGCUUCUUCAGCUUGGGCACUUCAGGAAGCGUCUGUUUACUGCUUCUUUGCCAUAAGGCUUCUCCUUGUAAUAGAAGUGGACCGCAUCGUGUUCUAAUUAUGUUAGGUUAAACACUUGAAUAACAAAGCUCAUUUAUUUUGACUCUUCUGUUA